AUGGUCAGGGAUAAGAAGAUUGUAACUGUUGCUCUGUCUCUUUCAUUUGCUACCUCUUUCUUUGCUGGGACUCUGCCCUCUCUCCCUCAGUGUGGAUCAUGGAGGAGAAUCCAGGACUACAAGGCCUGUUUUCUCACACUGGAUCCAAACACAGCACACACUCGUCUCAGUCUGUCUGAGGAGAACAGAAAGGUGACACGUGUGGAAGAGAAACAGCCGUAUCCUGAUCAUCCAGACAGAUUUGAUGAGUGUUGUCAGCUGGUGUGUAGAGAGAGUGUGUGUGGACGCUGUUACUGGGAGAUUGAGAGGAGUGGAGAUUAUGUGUUUAUAUCAGUGUCAUAUAAGAGCACCAGCAGGAAGAGACGGCGUGAUGAGUGUGUGUUUGGAUGUAAUGAUCAGUCCUGGAGUUUGUACUGCUCUCCUGACAGUUACUCAUUCACACACAAUAACAUAGUGACUGAUCUCUCUGUAAAGUUCAUCAGCAGGAGAAUAGGAGUGUUUGUGGAUCACAGUGCAGGAACUCUGUCCUUCUACAGCGUCUCUGACACAAUGAGCCUCAUCCACACAGUCCAGACCACAUUCACUCAGCCGCUCUGUGCUGGGGUUUAUGUUUAUAAAUCAUCAGUGAAACUGUGUUGA